AUGCUGGAGCCCGCUUCUGCCGAUGGACCCUCUUCUUCAGGACCUCCAGCUUUUUUCAGCUCUGCGUCGGACAAGCGUCGGACAGUUGCAUUUUGCAUUCCCUGCGGGACACACGGAAGCCUCAAGGGCGAGAGCUACAAGUUCAAAGAGCCGCAGACCAAGGUAACGGAUGGACAUCGUUUUUGGCACAUGCGUUGGUUUGUGGACUUCCUCGGAGGACACGAGUCUCGAAAUUUCCUCGCAGGCAGUGUGUCGACGUUCAGGAACAAGCUCUUCACGAUUGCAUGGCCCUGCUGGACAGACACGGAGGACGCUCUGAAAAAAGAGAUCGAGUCGCACUUUCUCCAGAGUUCGUUCUCCCUCCUCAAGCAGCAGGAGCACGCUGCAAACGCCGAGAAGAAGGGCACCAAACGAAAGGCAUCCUCGCAGCAGAUGCAGGACGACAUGGAGGACGACAACGAGCAAGCGGACAAUGAGGAGCACACGGGUGACCAGAUGGAAGAGGUAGCAGCUGGACGAAGCACACGUUGUACAGAGUUUGCCACGUCGAGCUUUGCAACGAUUGUUCUUUUGCAUCAAUGGCACCAGGGUAUGCGCAAAGAUGCCAAAUGGAAGAAGCCGGCAGAGGAGGUAUCCAAGCUGGCCGGGGAGUUGCUUCAAGGCCUCGCUUCCUUGUUCCUGCAGACCCCGCAGGACUUCUCAUUCACGUGGGACGGAAACACUCUGGUGCUGCCGUUCAAAGGAGGUUCGCUGGACGUGGACGAGGUUGUACUGCAAAACAGUUUACUUGCUAAAGUACUACACCGCGAUCGUUCCCGAUUCAUGGACGUGCUGCAGGAUGUGAAUGUGGACUGCACCCGUCGGACAAUUGGAGACACUCGCAAGUCAUCUAGUUUGAGGACGAAGUACUACUUGUUGGCGGCUUUGGCACGUGCCAUGGAUUCGUCGGACGACACGCAUUCCUGCUGGACAUCUUUGAAUGUGAAGCAAGUGAUGAGCACCUCCGGAUAUCGUCGGUCGUCCACGAGUUUUCGACAAGAGGACAGCAGCGAACAGCAGGACGAACAAAAGAUCAAGAAGCACGCUUCUAUGGACGCACACAGGCUAGCACGCAUGGAGCGAUACGCCUAUGUCACGCAGGGCAAGUCAGAUUUCCUCUCGACGGACAUUUUGUGCGUGGUGGCAGAUGCAGUGCACGUGGGAAGUGACGAUUGGCUGAACAUCAUGGUGUACAACCACACGACGGACAAAGUUUGGGUCUGCCCGCCGCAGGUCCAGAAAUCGUCCGUCUUGUCGGCUGAGCAGUGGAAAGCUAUGUGGAACAAGGCUUCCAAGAAGUUCCUCGGGAUCGAGAAACCCGUUGGACCUGGUCAUGCGGAGGACCGGCUGGCCACACUGUCUUGGAUGCAGGACAUAAACCACGGCUUGCGACCCAUUGGCUGGACUUUUGGCUGCUGCCAGAGCACGCCGGCCGGCCCCGCGGAGGACGACACGAAGGCUAAACGUGCACCGAUCAUGAUUUUGUGCACCGACCAAGAAGCAACACAGCUGGCGGCUGUCUCCUUCUUGAGGAACAAAAAGAGCCUCUGGAUCGAACACGUCUCGGACCCCGCCCACAGGUCGCACAACGACGUGGCUUUGGCCUUGUCGGCCGCUGGACUCCUGAAGUUCUGCACAUGGUGCAUCUCGCUGUACAACAUCAGGUAUGGACCCUGGCAGAAGGGCUCGUGGGCGUUGAAGAUCCAGCAAGCCGCAAAUCGCAUGAAGGACAACAUGGACCCCUCGGACCCGAUAUUGCUCCUUUUCUUCCCGGACAUUCUGCUGGACGCCGGCCUCUCCCCCCUGGACGACAACACGGAGGAGAAACGCAGGUCGUUUUUGCAGACAUUACCCGACAUGGACUGCAUCCGCAUCAAGGGCACGAAGGCCAGCAAGAGUCGGUUCAAUUCCCUGACGACGGCCCACAGCGCGCUGGACAAAGAGUGGUCGGUCUUGGCUUUAGUUCUCACGGUGGUCUGCUUGGAGCACAACUGGGCAGUUUCCACUAAGGACCUCUUCUCGCAGGACAGCAACCAGGCCCGUGCCUCGGUUCCAUAUGGUGGAAGCAAGUCUUCUGCCAUACAGGAGGCCAAGCAAGGCAUGGACCAGGAGCGGAAGGGCAGCGCGAACAGUCUACACUUAAUGACGAAGUUCGUGAUCUCGCAGGACAACAAGACGACAGCCAGGAUGAUGUUCCAGGUCUUGCAACCCGAAGAGCUUCGUUGUUCGCUCAUGCUCAAGCAGCUGCGUUCCAAAGGCAUGACGAAGGACUACUACUCUGGCUGGGCACACUGGUCUUGGAUGAGCACUGCAAAGGACCACGUCAGGACUUUGUCGAAUUUGGAAGGUUUAUCUCGUGUCGGCCUCGACCUGACACUGGCACGCGCACAACCCCCGGAGGAGACAGAGCUUGUCUGGCAGGACUCGCUCGCAGGCCAAAUGACGCAGUUGACACUACAGAUCCUGCGGCUGCGGGCCGGGGCACAGCUGUACCAUACUGGAGGUUUCGGUGCGACCGCAGGACUAGUCCAUGCUGAAGAGCAGACACGCACAGUGGUGGUUCUCGUAUGGCAAAAAUUGCUCGAAGGUCAUUUCUCCCAAGGGCCGAUUAGUCGGUACAUCCUCGCCGAUCUUUGCACUACCCGGUUUCAGAGCCUUACGGAGGACGUUGCACACGUAUUGACCAGCAUUUGGUCGGGCCUCUUGAACACGAAGAUCAUCGAAGACUGUAAUAAAGUCCAGCGCGAGGCCGAGCAACGACAUUCGUCUUCGAAGGACUUGGGUCGUUUGGACGGAUGGAAGGCUGUGACCCAACAGGCCGUGGUCAAGAUGUACGAGAGGGUGGAGGCACUGUCAACGGAGCUCUACCACACGCCGGCAGCGUUUGACGUGGCCAAACUUUUCUGCAAAGACACCGAGAAGAAGAAGAUUCAAGCAGUUCGUCGUCGUUCCGAUUCGUCGGUCAGCACGCAGGUCAGUGCCUCGGAGGUGCAGGAAGCACAGCUUCUUGCAGACGUGACGAAGACGAGGGACUGGGUCUCCCACAACCACGCCGAGGAACAGGAGGUUUUGGCUGCCUUCAGUUUACUGAUGAAGGCGUGGAGGGCCAAGCGAUGGUCGCUUUGUGAAGAAGGUUGGUGCUCUGGACUUUUGCCCGAAGGACAUGUUGUACUGGCAGGUGCAGACCCGUUGUUCAUCGUUCGGACAUACCGUUUGGCUGCACUCGCAUGGCCCGGCAAGAUCGUUAAGGACAAGGACCAUGAGUUUUCGAAUUCAACAUGGGCGUUCGGUCGUUCCACGCAGGGCAGCCACCUCAACAACGGCAUCGUGUUUUUGGUGGACAAGAAGAUGGGCACGUUGGACUUUCACGCCGAGCAGGGCUUCGCUGCCUGUUCUGAGGCUUUGUUGCGCAGGUUGUGCCAGCACAUGGGUUGGACCGCCACCCAACCCAAAUCAGGUGUGGACGCAGGACAUCAGCUGGCUGUUGCCGCCAUGCUCAACAUGGACAACUCGUUGGUCGAAGAGGACGUGGUUCAACGAAUCCUGGCAAGGCAUCAGACUGACAAGUGGAUGCCGGAGGUCGACGACAAGGACUUGGAAGCCGUCGUUCGGGACACGCUGCUCAUUGGCGAGCAGGACAAGGCCCUCAAGGAGCUCAGUGCCCGUCGGUCCACGGUUUCGGCCAAAAGUCUACGACCCAAGGUAUGCACGAUGUACAAGAACGCCGUCUCGGACCUGGACAAGGACUUUUGGAAGGCCGGACAGGACACACGCCGACGCAAGACUCAGAAGGCCGAGAAGGACAGCAAAAAGCUAAAGCAGCAGUACGACCGGGUGUACGCAAAGCUGAAUGCCACGACGGACGAGCUUGUGAAGAGCAUGGUUCCUGAUACUGUACAGGUUUGGACGGACCCAAAGAAUGGUCGUUGGAAGGUGUCGUACAAGACAGCUGUAGUCAGCAUUACACGUAGUAUUUCAUGGACACAAGUAGGUGAAGCUGCCGCCGGUCGAGCCUGUGUAACACAAGGUUGGUCAUGGGUGGAGCACCACGAAGGACGUGACCCACCCGAAAACUUGCAGGAGCGAUUGACAAGGUUCGACUGA